UAGGCGUGUGUUGCGAAACCCCCCAAACCCAAAGCCAAAGACGCAAAGAGGAAGCGCGUCGUGUCCCCUCCCCGGUCAGGUCAGAUCUGGCAGCCUCUCUUCGACGAGUCUAGCAGUGUCCCCCGGGUCGCCGCCGCCGGCAAGCAAUGGCGGAGGAGGGCCACCCGUCCCGCUACGUCAAGCUCACCAAGGACCAGGACGCCCCCGGCGAGGACAUCCGCCCCGGCGAGCUCAACCAGCCCGUCCACGUCCCCCAGCUCGAGGGCCGGAGGUGCGGCGAGUGCGGCCAGGUCCUCCCGGAGAGCUACGAGCCGCCCGCCGACGAGCCCUGGUCCACCGGGAUCUUCGGGUGCACCGACGACCCCGAGAGCUGUCGCACUGGAUUGUUCUGUCCUUGCGUGCUGUUUGGGCGCAACGUUGAGGCCCUCAGAGAGGAUAUCCCUUGGACAACGCCUUGUGUUUGCCAUGCUAUCUUUGUGGAAGGAGGGAUUACACUUGCAAUCCUGACAGCAAUAUUUCAUGGUGUUGACCCAAGAUCAUCAUUUCUUAUUGGAGAAGGUCUGAUGUUUAGUUGGUGGCUGUGUGGUACCUAUACUGGCAUUUUCCGUCAAGAACUCCAGAAGAGAUAUCAUCUCAAGAACUCCCCAUGCGACCCAUGCAUGACCCACUGCUGCCUGCACUGGUGCGCCAACUGCCAGGAGCACCGCGAGAGGAGGGGCCGCCUGGCCGACCACAGCGCCGUGCCCAUGACCGUCGUCAACCCGCCCCCCGUGCAGGAGAUGAGCAUGUCAGAGAACCGCGACGCCCCCGCCCCCGCCAACCCAGAAAACGGAUCAUCCAACAAGGCCGAGCUCGAAGCGCGCAACAGCGAUCACGACGCCGUCGACUGUGAUGAGUUCGUGAAGAGAUCCACCAAGAGGAAGAGAGCUCGUAGCACCGCGUAUGAAAAUGAAGCCGAUAUGGAGCUCGAUCACCGGCGCCAGGAGGCGGAGGGGGGGAUGAUGGAGCUCGCGCGCGCGUGCGGCAAGCUGGGGACUCCCCCGUCCUCGCAGCGCCGUGCAAGCGCGCGCUUGCGGCGGCCGGAGGCGCCGGCCUACGAGUUCGUGAAGAGGUCCACCAAGAGGAAGAGGCCUCGUGGCACCGCGUAUGAAGGCGAAGCUGAUGUGAAGCUUAAGCGGCGAUUCAACAACACCAUCAGGUGCUCGCUCAAGGAGUUCUUCGAGUGCGCGGAGCUGCUCAAGGACCGGCACGUGGCGAGGGUCCGCAAGGCGGGGUUCGGCGCCAUGCUGGACGGCAAGGUCAGGGGGCUCAUUAGCCGGCCUCUCAUCGGCUUCCUCAUGGGCAAGAUAGACCCAGCAACCAUGACAAUGAAGCUAGGGGAAUCAAAGGUGAUUGCUAUUACCAGCGACGCCAUUCACCACCUUUUUGGCCUGCCUCAAGGAGGGCACACGGCCCCGAGGCCUUCGGAAAGCGGCUACGACAAGGCAGUGAUGAAGCUGAAGCUAGAGCUCGGGUUUAAAAGGUCUGAUAACGUCAUGACGAGGGAUCUGCGGGGUCUGCUUAAGCGGCUGGUGGAGGACGAGGAGAAAGAUGAGUUGGCACUCAAGGUUUUUUUCUUGGUCGUUUUCAUGAAGGUGAUCUGCCCGGGGGCCUCCGCGCGCGUCUCUAGGGAGGCAGCAAUGCUGGAAGAUCUGGAUUUUGAUAAGAUGGCGGACAUGGAUUUCUGCCAGCUGCUUGUCGACGAGCUGCAGAGAGCGGUGGUGAGGUAUCAAAGCGGCAAGGCUUUGUGGCAGGCUAUCACGGGCUGCGCCAUCGCGCCCCUCUUGAUCUACCUUGAUUGCUGCGACUUGAGGAAAGUUUCUGAGUUGGAUACGCGGACCCCUCGAACCCAUUUCAUGACCGUUGAUAACCUUAAGAAGAUAGCCAGCGCUGAUUUGAUUGAAAAGGGGGGUCCUGAUCCCCAGAGCUGGCUUUACGGCAAAUUACCGUGGAAGGCUCAUAAGGACAUAGUGUACUAUGGAUUAAUUGUUGAACCAAUCUGUUCUGUCCCGCCAAUUGCCGUGCCAGAUCUCCGCGCCGCCAAGAGGAUGCCGUCUCUCGGCUCGGAGACGACGGGGAAGGAGGAGGAGGUCGACCGCCACCGGCAGGAGGCGGAGGGGAGGAUGAUGGAGCUCGCGCGCGCGUGCGGCGAGUUGGGGACGCCCGCGUACCCCCAGUGCCGUUCGAGUGCGCGCCUGCGGCGGCCGGAAGCACCGGCGGCCACGCAGUACGAGUUUGUGAAGAGAUCCACCAAGAGGAAGAGAGCUCAUAGUACUGCAUAUGAAAAUGAAGCCGGUAUGAAGCUUAAGCGGGGAUUCAACCAGACCAUCAGGUGCUCGCUCAAGGAGUUCUUCGAGUGCGCGGAGCUGCUCAAGGACCGGCACCUGGCGAGGGUCCGCAAGGCGGGGUUCGGCGCCAUGCUGGACGGCAAAGUCAGGGGGCUCAUUAGCCGGCCUCUCAUCGGCUUCCUCAUGGGCAAGAUAGACCCGGCAACCAUGACACUGAAGCUGGGGGAAUCAAAGGUCGUCGCUAUCACCAGCGACGCCAUUCACCACCUUUUCGGCCUGCCUCAAGGAGGGCACACAGCUCCGAGGCCUUCGGAAAGUGGCUACGACAAGGCAGUGAUGAAGCUGAAGCUAGAGCUUGGGUUUAAAAGGUCUGAUAUCAUCAUGACAAGGGAUCUGCGGGGUCUGCUUAAGCAGCUGGUGGAUGACGAGGAGAAGGAUGACCUGGCGCUGAAGGUCUUUUUCUUGGUUGUUUUCAUGAAGGUGAUCUGCCCGGGGGCCUCCGCACGCAUCUCUAGGGAGGCGGCAAUGCUGGAAGAUCUGGAUUUUGAUAAGAUGGCGGACAUGGAUUUCUGCCAGCUGCUUGUCGAUGAGCUGCAGAGAGCGGUGGUGAGGUAUCAAAGCGGCAAGGCUUUGUGGCAGGCUAUCACAGGCUGCGCCAUCGCGCCCCUCUUGAUCUACCUUGAUUGCUGCAACUUGAGGAAAGUUUCUGAGUUGGAUACGCGGACCCCCCGUACCCAUUUCAUGACCGAUGAUAACCUUAAGAAGAUAGCCAGCGCUGACUUGAUUCGAAAGGGGGGUCCUGAUCCUCAGACCUGGCUUUACGGCAAAUUACCGUGGAAGGCUCACAAGGACAUAGUGUAUUAUGAAUUAAUUGUCGAACCAAUUUGUUUGGUGACGCCAAUUGCAAGAGGUGCCCAGAUCCGGCAUUCAUCGUUGAAGAAGACCAUUGGCCCCCAAGGGGCAGUGGCUGAUGACGCUCCAGCUCCAGCCGUGGCAGGCAGCAGUAAUGGCGUCGCUCCUGAGUCCGAGAAGAGCAAUGAUAAUGUUGCAGCUACAGCCCUGAAUCAGAUCGACGUGCUGCUGGCAAGAGCAUGCGAUCUAUCGCGCCAAGUGCCUACUUCAAGUGCCCGACUCAGCCACACCGAGGGCAUUCUUCCACCCGGGCACGGUUUUGAUGCUGAAGCCGCGAAGCAGGGCCUCUCGAAGGAAGCCGCACUUCUCUACCCAGGCACCGAGGCCUUUCUGGAUCCCCGCGCCGCCGAGAGGAUGCCGUCUCUCGGCUUGGAGGAGGAGAAAGUCGACCUCCGGCGACCGGAGGCGGAGGAGACGAUGGUGGAGCUCGUGCGCGCAUGCGGCGAGCUGGGGACGCCCCCGUACCCCCAGCGCCGUUCGAGUGCGCGCCUGCGGCCGCCGGAGGCGCCGGCAGCCACACAGUACGAGUUCGUGAAGAGAUCCACCAAGAGGAAGAGAGCUCGUAGUUCUGUGUAUGAAAAUGAAGCCGAUAUGAAGCUUAACCGGGAAUACAACAAGACCGUCAGGUGCUCGCUCAAGGAGUUCUUCGAGUGCGCGGAGCUGCUCAAGGACCGGCACCUGGCGAGGGUCCGCAAGGCGGGGUUCGGCGCCAUGUUGGACGGCAAGGUCAGGGGCCUCAUUAGCCGGCCUCUCAUCGGCUUCCUCAUGGGCAAGAUAGACCCAGCAACCAUGACAAUGAAGCUCGGGGAAGCAAAGGUCGUCGCUAUCACCAGCGAUGCCAUUCACCACCUUUUCGGCCUGCCUCAAGGAGGGCACCCUGCCCCGAGACCUUCAGAAAACGGCCACGACAAGGCAGUGAUGAAGCUGAAGCAAGAGCUCGGGUUUAAAAGGUCUGAUAACAUCAUGACGAGGGAUCUGCGGGGUCUGCUUAAGCGGCUGGUGGAUGAUGAGGAGAAGGAUGACCUGGCGCUGAAGGUCUUUUUCUUGGUUGUUUUCAUGAAGGUGAUCUGCCCGGGGGCCUCCGCGCGCAUCUCUAGGGAGGCGCCAAUGCUGGAAGAUCUGGAUUUUGAUAAGAUGGCGGACAUGGAUUUCUGCCAGCUGCUUGUCGACGAGCUGCAGAGAGCGGUGGUGAGGUAUCAAAGCGGCAAGGCUUUGUGGCAGGCUAUCACGGGCUGCGCCAUCGCGCCCCUCUUGAUCUACCUUGAUUGCUGCAACUUGAGGAAAGUUUCUGAGUUGGAUACGCGGACCCCCCGAACCCAUUUCAUGACCGAUGAUAGCCUUAAGAAGAUAGCCAGCGCUGACUUGAUUCAAAAGGGGGGUCCUGACACUCAGACCUGGCUUUACGGCAAAUUACCCUGGAAGGCUCAUAAGGACAUAGUGUACUAUGAAUUAAUUGUCGAGCCAAUCUGUUCUGUCCCGCCAAUUGCAAGAAGUGCCCGGCUCCGGCGUUCAACGCCGAAGAAGACCAUGGACCCCCAAGGGGCAGUGACCGAUGACGAUCCAGCCCCAGCCGUGGCGGGCAGCAGCAACGGUGCCGCUCCCGAGCCCGAGAGGAGCCCUGAGAAUGUCGCAGCCACAGCCCUGAGUCAGAUCGACGUGCUGCUGGCAAGGGCAUGCGACUUAUCGCGCCAGGUGCCCACCACAAGCGCCCGGCUCAGCCGCACCGAGGGCAUUCUUCCACCCGGGCACGGUUUUGACGCUGAGGCCGCGAAGGAGGGCCUUUCGAAGGAAGCCGCGCUCCUCGAUCAUCUGCAGAAGGCCACGUUCCACCUCCGCUCUUCCUUCGCCCUUUUUAAGAGCGUGCAGGACGACCGGUGCAGGCCUUAUGAAGACGAGGCGAAAUCGUUCGCCAAGCGGAUGGAGGAGCAAGAGGCUGCUGCUGCUGCUGCUGCUCAAGGAAGCGAAAGAGACACGGAGGCGCCUGCCGACGAGCAGUUUGAGGAGAAUGUUGAUGAUCACUUCAUGUCCUGCGACGACGAGGAUGACGCGGAGGAGGAGGAGGAGGAGGCUGCGUCCCCGGUCUCCACUCCUCCGCAGGACCUGACGGACGACGACGAUGAGGAUCCCGACUACGCGGGGUAUCCGCCGAGCAGUGUGUACAAAAGGCUCGCCGGCCGGCGCCCUGUCACCCUGUGCAAAGUUGCUGCCAUGAGCAUUUCCUGCGGGUGCUACGCGUCAGAGGUCGAGCAGGGGAAAAUGAGGAUACAGACUAAAUACGGCAAGUCCAGGUUGUAUGGGGGUUUGCCGAGUAGUGAGAUCGAGAAAGUGGCGAGGGGGCUCAUGGCGAUGGCAUCUGUGGCGGCUGCGACUUCCUGCGGCGGAGUGGCGAUGGAAGCCGAUGGCCUGGAGUUCCUCAUGGAUCUAGUUGACUGCCUGAAUGAUACGAUGAAUAGAGCGAAAGUUUUUGCCCAACCCCUUCUUCUUCUUCUUCCUCUGCACGAAAGAAGCAGUAGUGUAGUCCAGCAAGAAACGGGAGGGACGAAGCGCUCCCCCCACCCCACCCCACCCCCAAAAUUGCGUCGCGCGGGUAAGGAAACGAAGAUGCGGAGGCUUAGGGUUCAGCUCCCAUGCCCAUGGCGGCUCCCCGACCCCCACCGCCUCCUCCGCCUCUCCCGCCGCCUCCACGCCUCCGCCGGCUCCGGCUCCGGCGCCGGCGCCGCCCAAGGCAAGUUCCUUCUGCCGGGCGCCUCGGCGGCAGUCCUUCUCAUGCUCGGCGUUCUGCACGCCAAGCGGAUGUACGAUGACAAACAGCUUGUCGAAAGGAAGGAGCGGGGAAUCGAGCCCGAAUUCUCGCCAGACCUGAAGGCUUCGUUCCUGAGGCUUCUACCACUGCGUUCGAUGUCACGUGUCUGGGGAUCCUUGAUGGAAGUGGAGGUUCCGGUGUUCAUGCGUCCUGCUGUCUACAAAGCAUGGGCCAGAGCAUUUCACUCAAAUUUGCAAGAACCUGCUCUGCCCCUGGAAGAAUAUCCUUCUUUACAGGCAUUCUUCAUCCGCAGUCUCAAAGAAGGAUCAAGGCCUAUCGAUCCAGAUCCAAACUGCCUGGUGAGUCCUGUCGAUGGGAAAGUUUUGCGGCUUGGACAGCUCAGGGGUCCAGGAACCAUGAUUGAGCAAGUCAAAGGCUUUUCUUAUCCUGUGUCUUCUCUUCUUGGUGCUACUUCAUCGCUUCAUGAUGCCACAGAAGAAGAUAUUUCUGGAGAGCAAACAGAACAAAAUGUGCCUGAGAGCUCGAAUGCAAAAUCAUGGUGGCGAGUAUCUGUGGCUUCACCUAAACUACGGGAUCGAACACUGCUGAGCCCGAAGAGGGGGAUCUUUUAUUGUGUCCUGUAUCUACACCCUGGUGAUUAUCAUCGAGUACACUCUCCUGUUGAUUGGAGUAUUUUCAAACGUCGACAUUUCUCAGGCAAUCUUUUCCCAACAAAUGAACGUGCCGUGCGGACUAUCAGAAACCUAUAUGUCGAGAAUGAAAGGGUGGUACUCGAAGGUCAAUGGAAAGAAGGGUUUGUUGCAAUUGCAGCCGUUGGUGCUACUAAUGUUGGCUCCAUCAAACUGCUCAUUGAACCGGAGCUGAGGACAAACAAUCCAGGGUCCAUGGCACUUCACUCCCAGUCUUACGAUGAGCGCGUUUAUGAACCUGAAGGCACCGGCAUGAUGGUUAAAAAGGGUCAAGAGAUAGCAGGAUUCAAAAUGGGGUCGACCGUGGUCGUCGUAUUUGAAGCGCCCCUGUCCAAGGCGAGGGGGGACGGGACGGUCUCUUCGGAUUUCGGCUUCUGCGUCAAGGCUGGCGAUAGGAUUAGGGUAGGAGAAGCCAUUGGCCGAUGGAGCCAAUCGUAGCGCUGGUUUAAUUAGUUCCACCGUAGGAGUAGCUCGUUUUCCAGUUUGGAGCUUGCGUGAGAGCUGGAGAAAGAUGCCAUGAUCUGAAUUUUGAGAAGCAUUUUUACCGGUGACAGAAUUUCUGUGAAACAUGGGAGAUUUGGACGCAAAAUUUGUCUGAAACAUCCAGAAAUCAUAUUUUCUACUCAGUAUAUACCAAAAAAAAAGGGUCUGCACCAUAAGAGAACUUACAGUACCAAAUUACUACUCU